CAUUUGGUAAAACUUCAUUCACACUUCAGGUCCAUGAUCAAAGUUCAACUUCCAUUAUUAUUUAUUUUCCAAGGAACCAAUUGGCUUAUUGGAACAAACAGCGAAACGUACUGGUACCCAUUCAUUUAGCUUAAAUGCUGCCGGUUCCCGGGCGGGGAUGAAUAAUGGCUUCUUCUGCCAGGUUAUUGAUGAAUUUUCGGUGAGAACGUAGGGUAUGUGUCGGCCUAUUUACCACGAGUUACUACCUUUUCUAGUUUGCACCAUUUUUUUUAUCUGAUGCCAUGAUUUGUUUUCUUGCUUUUGGUGCUGUCCUUCCAGUGAAGUUCCUCCGCUAGAUAUAAAAAAAUUGGUUGGUGGAACCCACGACACAUGACCGACAAGAAUUAGCAUCUUAAUUCUUUUUUGAGAGUAUUAGCAUCUUAAUUCUUAAUUCUUGACUGCUUUUUUUUCUCUCAAAAAAAAUUCGACUGCUUUUCAUUAUUUAUACAUUCUAAUCCUUCAUCUUCAGUCAUCAUCUUCCACCGCCAAGCUUGCCAUUUUUCUGAAUUCCUUAAAAUUUGCUUCAUAUUACGACCACUCCUAUUUUUUCUCAUCCUGUUUCACGAACAAGAAUGUUGAAGGAAGGUAUAAUUGAAGAAGUUGUUACUCCAUUGGUGAAGCAACUGGGGAACGCUAGGUGCCAAGCUCUCGAGUUCAAAGAGAACGAUAUGCUCCCAGAGAUCAAUCUACUUUUUGACAGGAUAGAGAAAAAUGUCGAACACAUGGAGGACGUCAUCCGACGAGCAGGUAGAUGGGAGAAGGAUGUGAUCAAUAAAUUUGGUAUUGUCGCUCGACAUGUUGAUGACAUCUUGGAAGAAGGCGGCGAACCCCAAACAUUCGAAUCCAAGCUCCGGAACGUCGAUAGAGAGAUUGCCAACUUAAGAGCCCUUCUGUCUCCUCCACUACAACUACCACAGAUUGAAUCGGCUUCUGCAGCAUCAACCGGUCCUCUUCCUUCUCUGUCUCAGGCCCCGCAAGCAUCAGAAAAGUGGCGGCAACUUGAGCUGGAGAAGAAAAUCCUGGAGAGUUCCGCCAUGUCUGGUCUUCAGGUGAGUUAUGAUAACCUUGAUGUCCAGUUAAAACUAUGCUUGCUUUGCUUCUCUGUCUUCCCAGAGAAUUCGGUCAUACGGAAAAGGCCUGUAAUUUACUGGUGGAUCGGGGAAGGCCUUGUAACUCCAACAAGAGACAACACAGCGGAGGAGAUUGGAGACCGUUGCUUCAGAAAGCUGAUCAUGAAGGGCCUGAUCGAACCAGUUUAUGUGAAGCGAAGCCCUGUCAUCAAAUACUGUAAACUGCAUCCUUGGAUGUGAUGGAUGCUUAUUGCUGUUGCUAGAAGAGUGCAGUUCUUUGAUUUUGAUUCAGAAGGAAAUCCUACUUCAGAUUAUUCCGUAAGUCGCCGUGCUUGCUUGGCAACCAUGAAAGAAGGAACACCCCAUCAACUGUUCGUCAGGGGCCGCGCAAAUCUAGGUGAGUUGCUGACGCUGUUCAAUGUCAACGAGCACUACCUAAAGUUUGAAAGGAGCUGGUUCUCUGAAAUGAGGAAGAUCACUGUGCUACAACUAGGACGGUGGCAGAACUUGCCCAAACAUCACAUUGAAGUAGAGAGCACCGAGUUCUUGGAAGGAUUGAGGUCAUUCAAGCACUUGAGGUAUCUUUCCUUCCAAGGCAUAUCCAGAAUCACAGAGCUUCCUGCUUCAAUCAGUGAGAACUCCAAUCUCAGAGUCCUGGAUCUCAGAGCAUGUCACAACUUAGAAAGACUGACACCGGGGAUCGCUUCUUUUAAGAAACUAACCCACUUGGAUGUGUCAGAGUGUCACUUGCUAGAACAAAUACCUAAGGGGAUUGCCUUGCUCUCCGAACUGGAAGUGUUAAAGGGAUUUGUGAUCGGUGAUGCGAGAAGCAAAGAUGCUUCUCGACUUAGUGAGUUGGCAAAACUGAAGAAACUGAGGAAGCUGAGUAUAAUCAUAGGGAGUAAGGUGACGGUCACAGAAGAGGAGCUGAAUGAGCUGACACACUGUGAAGCCGUUCGAUAUCUAACAAUAACAUGGGUUGUAUCACCAUCUAAGAAGGGAACUACAGCAAGGCUAACAAGAACUGCAACUAUGACGAUAACAUCUCUCUCCCUUCCUUUGAAUCUUGAAAAGCUCGACCUUCGAUGCUUUCCAGGUAGGAUGGUGCCGGAUUGGUUAAGCCCUAACAAAUUGAAAAGCAUGAAGAAAUUGUACAUCAGGGGAGGUACGCUCAGUAGUCUUGGACCGGAAACAAUCUCACCAACAUGGAACGUGGAGGUGUUGCGUUUGAAAUUCUUGAGUGAUUUGGAGGUGGAAUGGACACAAAUACAGUCAAAAUUUCCAAAUUUGGCUUACUUGGAGAUCGUUAGGUGUAGCAAGUUGAGAUCCUUCCCUUGUGAUGAAGAUGGAGUGUGGGUUAGGGUUGAUAGAGAGAUAUAAGGCCACAGCAACAGCAGGAGCAACAGCAUUACCAUUUCAUAAUCUUGAUAUUCUAUAUAGAUGCAUUUUGCUAUGUGAUCUGCAAUCAGUAUUGCUAUGUAGAUCUUAAACUUAAAAGAGUAUUGCUAUGUUGAUCAAAAUUUUGUUUUACUUGGCUUCCAUGACUGCUGUAAAAAGUCAGGGACUGUUUAACUUGGCUUCUUCUCGCCUCUCUCUCUUUCCUCAUUGUCUCAUUUCUGAAUAAAGGCUGGGUGGUCUUUGAGCAUCCCUUACUUCUCAAAAAAAAAAAA